UCGCCAUCAACUGUUCCGUGGUGGAAUGAAUUAAAUGAAGAAAUUGAGAUUCAAGACGGGCGAGUCUGUUGCCGUGGCGUUGAGAAGAAAAUAAUUUGGAAAAGUUGAGCUGAGAUCGAGGCUGCGGCUGAUCCAUCUCCGUCCACCGGCCGGCUGGGAGAGAACGGCAAAAUUAAUUAAUAAUUAUCUGUGAUUAACUAAAUAGUUGAGUCUCAAGCUCUAAAGAUAGGUUCACUUAUCUCGGUCCCUUUUCUAGUCAUAAAUUACCAGUCGUAAUCAAUUUAGAGUAGUGUCAAUACUUGUCUCUCCAGUCAGGCAGGCCUCGCCUCAGUCAACGCAAGAUUUUAAAUUCAUCGUAUCUAUUCUCCAAAUUUGGUGGUAUAAUUUUCUAUAAAUUGUAACAAUAAUUUAACUACGGUCACAUCAUGAAGAGAAACAACGAAACAAGUGGAGAUGAUAACUCAAAUCCCUCCCCCGUCAGUAAGUUUAUGCGCCUCGACCUGGCCGCCCAGCAAUCUUCCUCGGCACUGGAAAAUCCGGAGGGUCACGGCCGCGGCAUCGUAGUGACGAGCAGUACUGAAGGGACGAGUUCAUCCUCCGACCCUUUCUGUUUGACCGACUUACGAGCCUCCAUCUCAUCAAUCCUUCCUCCCACCCUUGCAUCCCCACCGCGCCCACCUCGUCCCAAGUCCCGGAGGGGAUGGUCGACGGACUUUGUUCAUCGGUUUGAAGAUACAGAAUCCACCUGCGACACUCAAACUUCGUCCGAUGUCAUAAGCAUCUUAUCCGGCAAUUUAAUUACCCCUCCGUCGAACGUCACCGUUCACACGACACGGGAAAGGAAUUUUCUGGACUCCGGGUCUCCUCUGACCGGAUCUGAGGGGGCGAUGGGGGGCAGGAAGAGGGCACGGAGUUCCUUGGCGACAGGAAAACUGGAGAGUUGGGCCAAUACGGUGUUGUCUUUUGGUCCGCGAGACCUGCCCAAAGAGUGGAGGCUGUAUUGGGGCCCUAUUUUAACAUGGUGGAUUCCUGUUCUGAGACAGAAACAGUGUCGAACUUGGCGAAGAAUGAAUACUUCUACCUCAGUACCAGCCCCAACCCCAGUUCCCAGUCCACCACGACGUUCUCACAUGUAGACAAAUUUACACUCAAGCCUGUCAGCAGAAAGCUCGACUUUGAAGAUAUGGAGAAUACUCCGCCACUAAAAAAUCAACAGAUCGAGGACUCUCCUCCCCCACCAAGAGACCACACAAAUGAAGAUCCCGUCGGCUCCAUUCAUCUUCUGUGGGAUUCUCACCUGCAGAACAACAAUUCCAAUAAAGCAACCCCCGUCGACAUUGGCCAACCGGCCGCUGCAAGCACGCCGAUGUCCGCGUUGCAACGACCCGGAAACAAUGGGCGUGAUGAAAACAACUGGGGGCGACAACGCUCCGUGCUCGGUCAUCGUCAAAAUUCCCACAAGUCGCAGGCCUGGUGGGCAAGAAAGUGAAUAUCAGUCAACUACAUAUAUCUCAAUUAAACGUAAAUACUUAUCAUGCGCAAAAACCUACAUAUCUGAAAUUCCUCGUUGAAUGCUAAAAUGUUUUUAUAAUGAAUCUAUUAUGUCAAUCUUGAUUACUGAGCAGAGUAGAAGAGAAAUGUGUAGAAUUUUAAUGUGUAGUUUAUAUAGGAAAAAAUAUCAAAAUUGUUAUCGUGGUUCAUCAUUAAUAAAGAUGCAUAAUUUUAAUUUAAAAGUUAAUUUAACAUAAGUUAAUUGUUCAUGUUUUAGAAAUGCAUGCAUAAUUAGAACGAUACAAAUAAGGGAAAACAGUCUCAUGGAUCAAUUACGAUGUGUGGAACCUAGAUUAGAAUGAUUAGAACACUAUUUAACAUUAAUUAAUUUAAGGUUGAUCUUAAU